UGCUUACUUGAGAAUACGAAAGAUGGGACUUGACCCAGUUGCGCAGGUCGAAGGCAACGAAGAUGCAGCAAUGCUUCGCUGCAACCAAGCUUCGGAAAUGUGGAGGAUGAAGCUGCGCGCCCACGACAGUGUAGAUGCUCAGAACCCCUUUGGGACGUGGUGUUCGGCUCAAGUGGUAGAGGCUACGCCGCAGUCCGUCGUGAUUCGAUACCACGGAAUGAACUCUCAUUGGGAUGAAAGGCUACCUCGGGACUCCGCUCGUCUUGCUUCGUCUUCGACUCAUGCUCGGAACGACAACUUGCCUAUUGCCUUGGGGACCCCGGUGCACGUUUUCGAUAACUCAUCAUGGCGAGAAGCUCACGUGACAUGUGUCUGCGUCGACCACGUCCGAGUUUUACCAACAGAUUCUCCCACGGAAGUAUGGCUGCCGUUUACCCCCCACUCUAUCACGCCGUCCGAGAAACAGCGCACACGUCGCAUCCUCCACUCCAACUCUUGUUUUGAGCACUACGUCCAUGCCCUGCGACAGAUCAAUAUGCGGCUAUUUGCCGUCGACGGGGACGGGAACUGUCUGUUCCGCGCCGUGAGCCAUCAGUUGUACGGAGACGAUCGGCACCACGGCAUCGUCCGUCGGUUCUGCAUGGACUACAUGGAGCUCCAGCAAAGUUUCUUCGAACCGUUUAUCGUGGGUGACAUGACCGCCUUCCAGCGCUACGUGCGGUACAAGCGGCAGGACGCAGUGUGGGGCGACGACCCUGAGCUCCAGGCCAUUUGCGAGCUGUACGACCGACCUGCUCAAGUGUUUGCGUACGAUGCGUCGGCCGGUGCCAAACGACUUCGGGUAUUUCACGACACUCAAACGCGGCCUCCAAUCUGUUUGAGCUUUUACGGUGGCGGUCACUACGAUUCUGUUGUUGGUCCAUCGCACCGAGCAAACUUGUUGGCGGACGAGCCUGGGGCGUACGAGGCACGAAAAAUCGCGUUGGCCCAGCACAAGCAGUGGAGUGACGAAGAAGCGUCGGUGCUUGAGUUGUCGCGCAAAGAGUUUGGAGGCUCCACUAUGACGUUGGAGGCGGCGUUGGCGGCGUCAUGUGAGGCGUACGAUGCCGAGGUAGCGAAGCGCAUCGAUGUGGCCGCGAUCGAAACCGUGCGAGCCGAGAGCGAGCUCCACCAACUUCAGAACGAAAUGCUGCAAUGCGUGGCCAAGCAGAGCGAGGAGGAACUGCUACAAGCCGCGCUGGAGGCAUCGAUGGACCCGUACCAAGACGAACUCGAGGUCGCUCUGGCGCUGUCGACAAACGGCAUGGACGCGUACGCAAUCGACGCUUUUGACGAAGAAGAAGCUGAGAUGCAGCGGGCAAUUCAGAUGUCGAUGCUGCAGUAACACGACCGAGGGUGCCGAGGAAUUGUAACAUUACGACAACACACUAGAUGAACCUAGCUCUCGUUGUAUCGGGAACGGUCCACGAUUUAGGUCAUCGAGACAUCGUCCGUCGCGUCCGCCACUUCCACGGCAUCGAUCUACAGCAUGCCAGUCAAAACAAGCAGGAAGCAGCGCGCCUGGAUGGGACAGAUGUUGGUCGCAGACA